AUGUUGAAAAAGAUUAGAAUCUGUGGUGAAUGUCCGAACUACGCCCAUGAAGUGCUUGAACUGCUUGAAGGAGGUGUGGUUGUAGUAUAUUGUUGCAUCGUGUACAGAUGACGGUUUAAGUUAGCACCAUUAUAUAUGACGACAGAUUUUUUUUUACUGCUUAAAGUUAUAUUCUUUCUCGUGCAUGGUAUAAGAAAUGAGCACUUCUGAGGAAACAGGGAAGACUCCAGAAUGGAUGUUACUGUUGGAAAAUAAGAAAAAGAGACCACAUCGUUUGGCCCAUGAAAUUGGAGCAGGGGCUCCUUGUCUGAGCUGUGGAGAUACUUGCCCAGGAUUGGAUCUGCAUUUCUGGAGAAAAUUGUGUCGUAACUGUAAAUGCAAGAAGGAGGAACAUGAUGUGAGAGAUGAUGAGGGUUAUGAGCAAUUUGAAAUCCUCUUUGCCAACAGUGGCAUUGGAAAGAAGAAACGUACAGGUGCAUUUCUGAACAUCAAAGUGCCUGAGUCAUCAGCAAGUGUUCCCAGUCCAUUUGGAGGCAGUGCUCUUAGAGGUUCUAAUUUUACUGGAAAUAAAAGCAUUGCAUUUGAUUGGGUUCCUCCUGAUGUCCCUGAGGAUGUGGCAGCAGAGUAUAUGCAACAGUUGCCUCAUUCGAAGCUCCCAAUAUCCGGGAGUGAUGGUGCACUAUUUCGACGCCAACAACUGGAGAAACAAGUACCUCUGCAUGACUUAGAUGCCUCCAAGUGCCAUGGUCUGACUCCAGAUGAGAUACAGGGGCAUCAGCAGUAUUUGGAAAAUUUGAAGAACAAUGUUGUGGGACAAGGUCGAGUUACUAAGAUUCCAGGUCUGUACGUUGAACAACGAGUGCCAUAUCUGGAGCCAGCUCAAUGCCGAUCUCUCACACUGGCUCAUUCGUCUGUGACAGGAGACAGUAAACCCAUUAGAAUAGCAACUUCACAGUCUGCUCAAUGCCUCAGGUCUUUGCCUUUGCUUCCAGUACCACGGCCUUUUGCUUCUCAGAAUUAUACCAAAAAUAGUUCAGAUAGCUUUCCUCCACCUCCUCCUGAAUCUCAUUCAUCCAGUGCAGUAUACUUGGGUUUAAAGACACCCAGUGCAUUUUUUCCUCUACCUCCUAAUACUGGUCACACUGACGCACAGCUUGUUACUGACCAACAGGGUCAUGAUUUGGUUUUCUCAGCAGAUAAUUCCAAACAAAGUAUACAGUAUUCCACAGAAUUUCCAGGUAAAAGUAUUGCUCAAACAUUGGGAGUUGUCAGCACUCCAUUGUCCACUGAAGAUGAGAAUCAAUAUACAAAUUUUCCUUUUCCUAAUCAGAUUUCUAUUGGACAGCCUAACCAGACAAUGACACAUGCUAGAGAUGGAACAUUUGUGUCAGAGCAACAGGCACAUGAAAUUGCCUAUUCCACACAGAUACCUGUUGGACUUGUUAGUCAACAUUCAAAGGCAGUGGACAUCCCAAGGGAAGGUUCUAAUGAAGUUGUGGGAAAUAAAUAUAUAACCCCAUCUGGUAGCUCAGACUUAGAAGUUGAUAUUCCUAGGGAAAAUAAACAGGCUGCAGGACAUGAAGUCAGAGCUUCCAGACAUCCAGCAGGUGUAUCAUUUUCAACGCAAAUAGAAGCUGAGAGUGUACAAACCACUGAACCAAUGGCAGGUCGCUUUCAUAGGAGUGGUCCUUCAGCUCCGCAUGGAUACAUUUCCACGGUUGAAAAUCAUAACAGUGGUGCCAAUUUUGUUGAAGGAUACAGUGAUAAGCUAAAAUUUCCUUGCCUUCAGCAGGGUGGAAUUAAUGGUACCAGCUUCCUGAAAGAUAGGGAUUUGUCUGUAGGACAUUCUUCAUAUGAUGUUGCAUAUUCUUCAGCAGCUCCAGGGCGUAAACCUUCUUCACAUUCUUUCCCCUUAAACAGCGAUGUUCGUAUUGUGUCAGAAGACAGUUCUGUGUCUGAGUGUCCAAAUAGUGUUCUAGGGUUUCCACAGAUAGAGAAUUCAGGUGUCAUUCCUCAGGAUGCAAAAUUUAUUCCCUAUUUAACGAGCACUUCAGGACAGGUAGUGCAUUCUGUACCUAUUGCUGGGGACUCAAUGCCCAAAUCAGCUCUUGUGAUGCAGCAGAGCCAUCUGGCACAAGAACAGCCUGAGUCUGCAACUGUAGAACAUGAACUUGCAGGGAAACUUGAGAAGCUAACAGGGCUAGUAGAUGAAUCAUCUGAACUUGAAGAUUACCAUUUGGAUUGUCACAAGUGCAAAAAACCACUGUUAGCGGGUGAAGUUGGUGUACUGGCAGAACGAGCAGGUGAACAAGCAGCCUGGCAUCCACAGUGUUUUGUGUGCUGUACUUGUGAGGAGUUGCUUGUGGAUCUAAUUUACUUCUACCAUAAAGGCGAAGUUUACUGUGGUCGUCAUUAUGCAGAACUGCUGAACAUCCCUCGGUGCUUUGCUUGUGAUGAACUGAUCUUUGUAAAAGAGUAUACAUGUGCAGAAGGAAAGGCAUUUCAUGUAAAGCAUUUCUGUUGCUACGAAUGUGAUACACCACUUGGUGGGAAGCAGUACAUUCCCAAGGAUAACCAGCCUGUGUGUCUAGAGUGUUUCCAGAACAAAUAUGGCAAGACAGAAGACUGGAGCAAAGCAAUAGGCAGCAGGAAAUCAGUGGAACAUUUUGCUCCCUGCAAGUAUUAUGCUUCGUCUGGAGUACCUGUGGGUAUAAAGAGCAUUGGUGUUGGAAGUCUUAUCUUCAGAGGUAUGUACAAAUUUUCCAAGGACAAGAAUUUUUACUUGUGAUUUCUUUUGUCAUCUUUCACCAUUAUUGAUGCAAUAUUUUCAGUUGUCUUUCAUUAAAAGAGGGAGUUUAUUACUAAAUCAUGUAAAACACUUUAUGUUCUCUUGAUUAAUAACUAUAAGAACAUGUGCAGUCUUAAAGCAUAUUCUUAUUUCAGAGUUGUCACACUUGUAAACUGAAGAUCGCAGCUGGAGACCAGCGUGUGGGGUGGAAGGAUUUGAGUUGGCAUGUGUCGCCUAACUGUUUCCGC